GGCCAACCAAACAUCAGUCGUCUACGGUCUGCGAUCCUGAAAAAAAAACAACGAACAUUCGAAUCGUCAUCACAUUGAAUAACAUUCCGUGCAGUACUAUCCAUUUCUGUUCGGGCCCUUCGUCGAUACGUCCAACAUGAACGUGAAAAUUGCAGUCCUCUUCUUCGCAGUGGCGACGCUUUUCCAGCUAUCUCACUGUAUACCAACGCAUCGUUAUGCUAGAGAAACGCCGGAUUGGACAACUAAAUUCAAAGAAUACUUCAACAAGAUUCCAGGCUACGUAUCAUCUGAAUCACAGACGACACCGUCGCCAACAACCCAGCCAGAAACAUCAUCGUACCAGCCAAGUGCCGCUGCAGCAUCUGAGCUACAUCCUUUAGUCGCUGCUAAAGAAGGAUCGUCCAGUGUUCCGUCAUUCGGAAGUUACAUUCCAAAUAUGCCGAGCAUGUCGAGCAUGCCAAAUAUGCAAAGUUAUUACCCGAGCCAAAUGCCUCAAUCAAUGAACCCUGGUAAUUACAUGAACUCAAUGCCAGGCAGUUCCCCCAGUGCUGCGAGCAAUACCGCGUCCGCAUCCGCACCGGAAGCUUCAAUAGCUGCUAAAGAAGGAUCGUCCAGUGUUCCGUCAUUCGGAAGUUACAUUCCAAAUAUGCCGAGCAUGUCGAGCAUGCCAAAUAUGCAAAGUUAUUACCCGAGCCAAAUGCCUCAAUCAAUGAACCCUGGUAAUUACAUGAACUCAAUGCCAGGCAGUUCCCCCAGUGCUGCGAGCAAUACCGCGUCUGCAUCCGCACCGGAAGCUUCAAUAGCUGCUAAAGAAGGAUCAUCCAGUGUUCCGUCAUUCGGAAGUUACAUUCCAAAUAUGCCGAGCAUGUCGAGCAUGCCAAAUAUGCAAAGUUAUUACCCGAGCCAAAUGCCUCAAUCAAUGAACCCUGGUAAUUACAUGAACUCAAUGCCAGGCAGUUCCCCCAGUGCUGCGAGCAAUACCGCAUCUGCAUCCGCACCGGAAGCUUCAAUAGCUGCUAAAGAAGGAUCGUCCAGUGUUCCGUCAUUCGGAAGUUACAUUCCAAAUAUGCCGAGCAUGUCGAGCAUGCCAAAUAUGCAAAGUUAUUACCCGAGCCAAAUGCCUCAAUCAAUGAACCCUGGUAAUUACAUGAACUCAAUGCCAGGUAGUUCCCCCAGUGCCAAUACCGGAUCCGCAUCUGCACCAGGCUCAACAUAGGUUUAAGGACUCAAUUAAUUUACCUCAACAAAUGUAACGCGUAAUACAUACAUAUUAAAUUAAUUUUUACAUUUUCUUAUUUUGUUUAAGAAAAUUAAAGAUGUCUCAAUUCAUUGAUUUUUUCUGUAAAUCAUUUACAAUUGUUUUGAUUUAAUGUUAAUUCUGGAAAUAAAUCAAAUUUUAUAGUUAAAAUGCUACUAUAAUAAUAUUAAGAA